AUGAUGACCACCACCGCGGGGGAAUCGCACACUGAGACCGAGACGGACCGGACGAGCGAGCUUUCAGAACUCCCCUUGGAAGGGAAGUCUCCCUCGGAGUACACCCUCGAUGUGACCAUUCUUCGUUUCCGCGCGGUGGCGAUCCCUGUGGCGAUGGCUGCCUUCUUUGUUGGAGUAACGCUGCCAUUUGCAGGGAAAGGGAUGCAAGUGGGCUCUUUUCGGUCAAUUGACGUGGACGAAGGGGAACGAAAAGAGCUUCUGGACAAGUACAACGAAAGACUGGGCAGUCUGACGGCGCUGAUGAUGAAGCCACUCGAUGUGACUCUGAGCAUGGUGGUAGCGGUCAUCUUCCUGAUGCUCGCGUCCAGAAUGAGUGCGUAUCUUGAAAGCCGACGCAGAUAUCUCUUGAUCGGUGUCAUCGGCGUCGUGGGUUAUCUGAUGAACACGGGUUUCAACUCCAUGAACUUGCAAGUGGUUCCCGGUGCGGUGAGCCCAAGGAUAAUGCCGUCAGAUCUCGUUGUAGAGAGCGUUCACGAUGAUACUCAACAGCUGGACGCCGAGGGGAAUCUAACGACGACAUGGGACCCAAAGUUUCGUGAGAGUACGCCUGGAAACAGUGUACUUAACACCAUCCUGCGUGGUCUGUUCAUCCCGAGAGAGGAGGUCCCGACGCACUGCAAAGAGACUGAUGAUUGGUAUUACGCUACAGCAUUCAAGAAUGUGUUGCCAAGCUACGGCUUCCCUUCGCGAACCUGGCAGCAGAACGCACUGUCAAAAGCGCUAGAACCGACAGCUUCGUUGAGUAUGCCCAUGAAUGCCGCGGAGUCUGACCUUGAGCAGUACGAUGACCUGCCGAUGAGCAAAGCCAUUGCAACAAACCUGGUGGUGUACUCGCUGGUCGUGAGCAACACGUUUCUUGGGUGGUGGACGAAAGAGGACGAGGCUUGGGGUAGUUUCAGUCACGCCAACGCGACGGGGAAAGUUGUUCUGGCAGAUUAUUUCAACUUGACAACUCGCUCGACUGGCAACGCGAACUUCGCCUCUACUGCCCGCCAGGUAAUCAUUGACUACUACGAUAAAGCGGAGCUCUCCAGGACUUCGGAUGAGUUGGCGAAAGUGGAGUUCACGCGUGUAAACUUGACCGAAACUAUCGUUUUUGAUGCUCUGACGAUUGAAAUUCCGACCCGAACGUACGGUACACAGAGAGACAACUCGUCAAGCACGAAUCCAUUCUAUUGGCCCCUGUACUCUUACGCAUGCAACACGAAGGCGUGUCUGUUGGCGGACAACGAAGAGUACAAGGCGGAUGGGAACACAACGGCGAUCCACCCUCGCGUACAAGCACUAGCCAUUUGUUUGAACGACCAAGGAGAAGAGACCCUCGUUGUGGACAACGACUAUUCGGGUCUUGAGCAGAUUCUGCAGUCGUGUACGCGGCGCUCGACUACGUCCAUGAUGGUUGUUAGUCUGGGGAAGCGUAUUGAAGGGGACUCGUUGGUGAGUUCAAGCAACACAGUCGAGAAUGCUCGCAUGGUGUACUCGCUUACUGUGGGGCGUCUGGCGUGGAGACCGGAAAACUUUUCAGAGACGUACAACGCCGAGUGCAAGACUGGCGAUGGGUGCAGAGGAAUUCGAUUUCCGCUGGGAAAUAAUGGUACCUUGCUGAACGACCACUUGCUGGUGAGUGAAAGUGGAAUUCCAAUGAGUUUGCUAAGCCCGAUAAAUCUGAACUGGAAUUGGUUUCCUAUCAGUGAUUCACAGUGGAAAAUGCUGGCGACCACGGUAGAUGAACCCCGAGCGGCCCUCGAAGUUGAAUCCAAGCCGUCUCUGAUUGUCUUGCCGCGCAAUUUCAACACCACCGAUGGAUCGUCCACUGCAUACAAAAUCGACUCUGACUAUUGCCUAGUGUAUAUCGACCGACAUCUGAACCAGAUCGAGAAGAACCACUUGUACAUCGAGCAUAGUCUCCAGCCAGCGUACACGGCGGGACUCUACUUCAUUUUCCAGAAUGCUGUGGUGCUCAAGCAAAUCAAUGGCAGUGACGGCCCGUCGCUCGAGUUUUCAGGGAACAUCCUGGAUAUGCACAUUUGGGCGUCCAUUCCAAAAACCAGCAUGAUUUUCGCGUUCAUCGGCUGCUUCAUCAUGGUGCUGGGAGGUGUCGCCAUCGCAGUCCUUAGUAAGCGUGGAGAGGAUUCAUUAGCUAAACAGGACAGUGCGACCGUCGCAGCUGAAGCUUUGGAUAAUACGGAGAAGUACCCUCCAUCUUUGCUGCGGCUUCAGUUGAGGAAUAGGUCGACCGGCAAGACUGCUGAUGCUGCAUUUGACUCGCUGUGUGUUGACAGCGUGGUGCUUGCAAAGAAGGAGGACAAGACCCAGCAGUUUGCGAUUAGCAAAAGCGUUUCCCCGUCGGCUAACACCCCCACGAUUUCGAGGUUGGACUCAGCGGGAGCAUAG